UACAUCGACUACAAGAACAUCACCAAGGUGAUUGAGCCCGGGCGCAUCAUUUACGUGGACGACGGUGUGUUGGCAUUCGAGGUGCUUGAGGUUGUCGAUGACAAGAACAUCAAGGCGCGCGCGCGCAACAAUGGCUUCAUCUCGUCUCGCAAGGGUGUUAACCUGCCCAACACGGAUGUCGACCUGCCCGCCCUCUCAGAGAAAGACAAGGCCGACCUCCGGUUUGGUGUCAAGAACAAUGUCGACAUGAUCUUUGCUUCCUUCAUUCGGAGGGCGCAGGACAUCAGGGACAUCCGCGAGGUUCUUGGUGAGGAGGGCCGCCACAUCCAGAUCAUCGCCAAGAUUGAGAACCGCCAAGGGCUUAACAACUUCCCCGAGAUUCUCGCCGAAACUGAUGGCGUGAUGGUUGCCCGUGGUGACCUUGGUAUCGAAAUUCCGGCUGCGGAGGUGUUCGCUGCUCAGAAGAAGAUCAUCGCCAUGUGCAACAUUGCCGGCAAGCCCGUCAUCUGCGCAACGCAAAUGCUCGAGUCCAUGAUCAAGAACCCCAGGCCCACCAGGGCUGAGAUCAGCGACGUUGGCAACGCUGUCACCGACGGCGCGGACUGUGUCAUGCUUUCCGGCGAGACUGCCAAGGGCAACUACCCCUACGAGGCUGUCCGCGAGAUGAGCUUAGCCUGCCUCAAGGCUGAGAACUCGAUCCCAUAUGUCAGCCACUUCGAAGAGUUGUGCACCCUCGUCAAACGGCCCGUGUCAAUUGUCGAGUCUUGCGCCAUGGCUGCUGUCCGCGCUUCGCUUGAUCUCAACGCCUCCGCCAUCUUUGUACUCUCCACGUCCGGCGAGUCAGCCCGGCUCAUCUCUAAGUACCGGCCUGUGUGCCCAAUCAUCAUGAUCACCCGCAACCCCUCUUCUUCUCGGUAUGCCCACUUGUACCGGGGCGUCUAUCCGUUCCUCUUCCCCGAAUCCAAGCCCGAUUUCAGCAAGGUCAACUGGCAAGAGGAUGUCGACCGUCGUAUCAAGUGGGGUCUCCACCAUGCCAUCGACCUGGGCAUCCUCACCGAGGGCGAGACUGUCGUGGUUGUGCAGGGCUGGAAGGGUGGUAUGGGCAACACGAACACCCUCCGGAUCGUCAAGGCUAAUGUCGAGCACCUCGGCAUUGUGGACGACAUGUCUUCCAAAUCUUCUUAUCUCCCUCGUCUGGGGUUCUCUCGUGGCGACGGGCCUAUUCUUCCGUUGCACAACCGAACGAGUCCCCCGAUCCGCAAGAAGCACAGCGAGUACAGCCUCUCGGAGCUCUCUCCCCGGCCCGACGACGGCUUGUUGUCCUCGUCGCCGGAGAACGACCGCGAUGCUGCAGUUUCUUCUCAGCGGGGCUCCUCCCCUUCGGCUAGAUACCACGACUGGGCAACCGAUAAAGCCUCCUCGAAAACGAGAGCCGAACCGCCUCCCUUGUUCACAGGGCCACCGCCUCCCAUUGCGACUUCGCAGAUGCUAUACCGUGACGAAGAGGAGAGGGACGCGUCGUCAACCUCCUCGCGACACUUUGGGGCGACGUCGCUCGCGCGCAACAUUGGCAGCGUCCUCUUCGACCGCAACACCCCCUCGCCAAACCGCACUAGAAACAGAGACUACGACCCGAAACCCGACGCCAUCUGGCGCAACCUUCAACGCCGCGAGCGCGCGCUCCAGAAAGAACUCCAACACCUCCUCGACGCCCAAUCUGCCGGCCUCGCCGCGAACCUCGGCUCAGACGACGGUGCACCAGGCGUCAGCAACGCCUCUUCCGACUCCGGAGCAAGAAGCAUUGCACCAACAACAAGCCCAACACCAAUCACAGCGCACACCGCCGGCUCCUCGCAGCGAUCACAGCCGCGCCACGUCACGUUCGAGGACCGCCGCCACCGCCGCCACCACCACCACGACGCCGCGACGUCCACCAGCAGCGUAACCUCGUCGGGCACGCUCGUCCCCGUACGGCAGCCACGGCCCAAGUCCGGCGGAAGAGGGAUCAGGGAGUCACCCGGCGGGGUGGAGUUUCUGCAGCUUAGGCCCGAACGCAGGACGGCGGAGAUGGCGAGGGAGUGGUGGGAAAAUGAGGUGGCGAUACUGGAAAAGAAGAAAAAGGAGGUUGACAAGGAACGCACCGCGCUGGAGCAGGGAGUGGAAGUAUGGAGGGGUGCGGUCAUGCUCGUGUCGGAGUUUGAGGCCGAGCUGAGGAACCAGCUUCGAGAGAGCGGGAACGCAGAAGGCGGCAGCGGCAACGGGAAGGGCAAGAACAGAGAAGGCGACCAGGCAACACCACCGUCUCCCGAGCAGACCAUGCUCGCACAACUGGACAGGAUGCAGGGUGUUAUGGCGGGUCUCGAGGAGCGGUUGCGCGUCGCGGAACAGAACGGCUGGAACUUGCUGAUAUGCGCCAUUGGCGCCGAGCUGGAAGCCUUCCGCCAAGCGGACAGCAUGCUACGGGAAGCCUUGCGGUCCGCAGGAGUCAACGUUGGAGACGACGACGGGACGCAUGGGGACUCGACGCCGCGUUUGGGCAAGUCCACGGGUCUCGAAAACUCGGGCCAGGGAGUGGACAGGGCCGAAAUGAGCGGCGAGGGAAAGCUUGUGGAUCUGCACGACGGCGACUCGAAACAAGACAGAGAUCCCGAGAGCGAUAACGAAGUACCUCCGGACCUGCUUGUUUCGGCGCUGGAGGACGCUGAGCCGGAGAGCCCCGGCUUGAGCAGAAAGAACAGCAAUGAGAUUCCCGCGGAAUUUCUCAGGGAGCAUCACGAUGAUGAAGGGUUCCCUGGUUUUGGGGCCAUGACUUAA